CCCAAAGCAGCAGGGUGUGGGGACGAGAGUGUCCUGGGAAGAGACAAGGCACGGGCCAGGCUGGGGGGAGUAGACACUCAGGCAGCCCUGUUCUCACCGCCUCCCGUCCACUUGCAGUGUCCGUGAGCAUCAGCAACCUGUACCCGGGCUGCGAGCACGUGAGCGUGAGGAGCCGUAGCAUGAUGUUCGAGCCGGGACUCACGCGAGGGACCCUGGAGGUGUUGGUGGCCCCACCCCAGCACCCACACUGCGCAGCCGACGACCAGUCCACUAAGGCCAUUGACAUCCAGAAUGCUUAUCUGAACGGCGUCGGUGAUUUCAGCGUGUGGGAAUUCUCUGGAAAUCCUGUGUACUUCUGCUGUUACGACUACUUUGCCGCCAACGAUCCCACAUCCAUCCACGUCAUCGUUUUCAGUCUGGAAGAACCCUACGAGAUCCAGUUGAACCAAGUGAUUUUCUGGCUGAAUUUCCUAAAGUCUCUCGUGCCAGUUGAAGAGCCCAUUGCCUUCGGCGGCAAGCUGAAGAACCCGCUGCACGUGGUCCUGGUGGCCACCCACGCCGACAUCAUGAAUGUGCCUCGGCCGGCUGGAGGCGAGUUUGGGUAUGACAAGGACACGUCCUUGCUCAAGGAGAUCAGGAACAGGUUUGGAAACGAUCUUCACAUUUCAAACAAGCUAUUUGUUCUGGAUGCUGGCGCUUCGGGCUCUAAGGACAUGAAGGUCCUUCGAAGUCACCUGCAAGACAUCCGGAGCCAGAUUGUGUCGGUGUGCCCGCCGAUGACGCACCUGUGUGAGAAGAUCAUCUCCACGCUGCCUUCCUGGAGGAAGCUCAACGGGCCCAACCAGCUCAUGUCGCUGCAGCAGUUUGUGUAUGACGUGCAGGAUCAGCUGAACCCGCUGGCCAGGGAGGGAGACCUCCGGCGCAUCGCCCAGCAGCUCCACAGCGCAGGCGAGAUCAACAUCAUGCAGAGCGAAACGGUGCAGGACGUGUUACUCCUGGACCCUCGCUGGCUCUGCACCAACGUGCUGGGGAAGCUGCUGUCCGUGGAGACCCCACGGGCCCUGCACCACUACCGGGGCCGCUACACCGUGGAGGACGUCCAGCGCCUGGUGCCCGACAGUGACGUGGAGGAGCUGCUGCAGAUCCUGGACGCCAUGGACAUCUGCGCCCGCGACCUGAGCAGCGGGACCAUGGUGGACAUCCCCGCCCUGAUCAAGACGGACAACCUCCACCGGUCCUGGACAGACGAGGAGGACGAGGGGCGGGUCUACGGCGGCGUGCGCAUCGUCCCCGUGGAGUACCUCACCCCCUUCCCGUGCGGCAUUUUUCACAAGGUCCAGGUGAACCUGUGCCGGUGGAUCCACCAGCAGAGCGCGGAGGGAGACGCAGACAUCCGCCUGUGGGUGAACGGCUGCAAGAUCGCCAACCGCGGGGCCGAGCUGCUCGUGCUUCUGGUCAACCACGGCCAGGGCAUCGAGGUGCAGGUGCGCGGGCUGGAGACGGAAAAGAUCAAGUGCUGCCUCCUGCUGGACUCCGUGUGCAGCACCAUGGAGAACGUCAUGGCCACCACGCUCCCGGGGCUGCUGACGGUGAAGCAUUACCUGAGCCCCCAGCAGCUGCGGGAGCACCACGAGCCCGUCAUGAUCUACCAGCCGCGGGACUUCUUCCGGGCGCAGACCCUGAAGGAGACCUCGCUGACGAACACCAUGGGGGGCUACAAGGAGAGCUUCAGCAGCAUCAUGUGCUUUGGCUGUCAUGACGUGUACUCGCAGGCCAGCCUCGGGAUGGACAUCCAUGCCUCGGAUCUGAACCUCCUGACCCGGAGGAAGCUCUGUCGUCUCCUGGACCCACCCGAUCCCAUGGGGAAGGACUGGUGCCUUCUCGCCAUGAACUUGGGUCUCCCCGAUCUUGUGGCGAAGUACAACACCAACAACGGGGCUCCCAAGGAGUUCCUCCCCAGCCCGGUCCACGCCCUGCUCGGGGAAUGGACCUCCUACCCCGAGAGCACGGUGGGUAUCCUCAUGUCCAAACUGCGGGAGCUGGGGCGUCGGGACGCAGCGGACUUUCUACUGAAGGCGUCCUCUGUGUUCAAGAUCAACCUCGACGGCAAUGGCCAGGAGGCCUAUGACUCGAGCUGCAACAGCGGCACAUCUUACAACUCUAUUAGCUCCGUCGUGUCCCGGAAGGACUCCCAUGCAUGGACUCCCACUGUAUCCCUCAUAAACAGACAACAUGUGAGUGCCUUUGCAGAAGAGGGUGUGUCUGAGAGCAGCCGGGUCAGCCAGGAGCUGUCGCCAGGAGACGCCCCCUCUCUGUCCCUUGCUGUCUGCUGAUCACCGCUGGAGGUGCUGCGCCCUGAGCUGGUUUGUCCCCCAGUAGUUUUUGUGUUUCACUUGGCAAGGAAAGGGGAGGAAGGAACCCUCUUCUGGAGUCAUUUCACGACCGGCGUUGUUUUCAUGGAAAGACGUGUCUUUGUUGCUCUUGUUUAAACGUCGACGUGCGGGUCCACGCAGCACCUGCCCAUGGUCCCCCUGCCUCAUUCCCGCGCAUCUCAGGUAGAAGGUGACACAGCUGCAGGUGAGGAAGGCCUGUGGGAGAACUCGGAAGACCCCUGCCCCGUGGCGUGUGGCAGUCCGUUGUCAUCGGUGCACAGCGGACGAGUUUUACAUCUAGCUUCUGGUUCCGUAACCUUGUGUACUUGAAGUCCAACAAGAUGACGGAAGUCAGUUUCCUUGCAGUGAUUUUAAAUUGUGAUGGAGUUUUAAGUUGAUAUGAGGGAACGUGUCCUAAUUCUUCUGUCCUGGGAAGCAUGUAAUUUUAAUGUUCCAAUCCAUGUGUGUAUAUGUGUAUAUAUAUAUAAAUAUGCAUUAUGUAUAUACAUAUAUAUGAAUACAGGUAUUUUUACUUAAUCUAUACAAUGUAGUAAAAAGAUGUUGGUUUCUCACUUCUGUUCUCUUUUUUUUCUUUUCCCUUUUUUUUUAAUAUAAAUAAACUAUUGCUUGUUGCA